GCACUGGCAGCCGCCAAGCAAGCAGCAGCGGCGUCAAGACCGUCCGGGAAACACGCCGGCGAUGCCCGCAGCACCCGCCGUACCCCGCGGGACCUGCUGAGUUGCCCACAGGCCGGGGUUACACCGGGCCGGAACGGGCCGCGCGCCGCGGCGCUGCCUGCAUGACCCUCCGGCGGCGUGGGGAGAAGGCGACCAUCAGUAUCCAGGAGCAUAUGGCCAUCGACGUGUGUCCCGGGCCCAUCCGGCCCAUCAAGCAGAUCUCCGACUACUUCCCCCGCUUUCCGCGGGGCCUGCCCCCCACCGCCGCGCCCCGCGCCACCGCACCCCCAGACGCCCCCGCGCACCCUCCUGCAGCCAGCGCCGGCCCCCGCAGCCCCUCCGACGGCGCCCGCGACGACGACGAGGAUGUGGACCAGCUCUUCGGAGCCUAUGGUGCCAGCCCAGGCCCCAGCCCGGGCCCUAGCCCGGUAAGGCCGCCCGCCAAGCCCCCCGAGGACGAGCCGGACGCCGACGGCUACGAGUCAGACGACUGCACUGCCCUGGGUACGCUGGACUUCAGCCUGCUCUACGACCAGGAGAGCAACGCACUGCACUGCACCAUCAGCAAGGCUAAGGGCCUGAAGCCAAUGGACCACAAUGGACUGGCUGAUCCCUACGUCAAGCUACACCUGCUGCCUGGAGCCAGCAAGGCAAACAAGCUCAGAACAAAAACCCUUCGCAACACCCUGAACCCCAUGUGGAACGAGACCCUCACUUAUUACGGGAUCACAGAUGAGGACAUGAUCCGAAAGACACUGAGGAUCUCCGUGUGUGAUGAGGACAAGUUCCGCCACAACGAGUUCAUCGGAGAGACCCGAGUGCCCCUGAAGAAGCUGAAACCCAACCACACUAAGACGUUCAGCAUCUGCCUGGAGAAGCAGCUGCCAGUGGACAAGGCGGAGGACAAGUCCCUGGAGGAGCGAGGUCGCAUCCUCAUCUCACUCAAGUACAGCUCACAGAGACAGGGUCUGCUGGUGGGCAUUGUGCGCUGCGCACACCUGGCUGCCAUGGAUGCCAACGGCUACUCGGACCCCUACGUGAAAACAUACCUGAAGCCAGAUGUAGACAAGAAAUCCAAGCAUAAGACGGCCGUGAAAAAAAAAACGCUAAACCCAGAGUUCAAUGAGGAGUUCUGUUACGAGAUCAAGCACGGAGACCUGGCCAAGAAGACCCUGGAGGUCACUGUCUGGGACUAUGACAUUGGGAAAUCCAACGACUUCAUCGGUGGAGUGGUUCUGGGCAUCAACGCCAAGGGAGAGCGCCUGAAGCACUGGUUUGACUGCCUGAAAAACAAGGACAAGAGGAUUGAGCGCUGGCACACGCUCACCAACGAGCUCCCAGGGGCUGUGCUCAGCGACUGACUGGCUGUCCUAUCUGCUGCCACCCACCCAUGCCACCCGGCUCACACAGGUCUCCAGCCCUGGGCUUUCUCAGCUGCCAACAAGGGCUAUGGCCCUCAAACGGGCAAGAUCCAGGUCGCCUGCUCGGACAUAGCUACUGCAGCCCCUGCUUGGAGGCCACGGAGCACCCGGGCCUCCUCUUCCUCCUCCGAAGGACAAGGAAGACACACAUUAAACCUGUUUCAGCCCCCUGGCGCCCAGGUGGACUGGAGCUGGGAGGAGUCAACCUCAGUUCCGCCCAGAGGAAGGGCUAUCUAGGGUGAGGACCUAUUGGAGGUGAGG